UGGAUGGGGAGGGAGCGAGUGAGAAAAGGAGAGGGAGGGCAAACCAAAGCCAAUAAGGCUGGCUACUGCCCGUACCACACAGCGCUAUUAUUUUUAUUUAUGGCAAGCAAGAAGCUAUCGUUUGUGUUGUAGGCCCGGUUGGUGGCGUUCAAUAGCAAGCUACCCACUCCGGGAAGGACGGUAGCAUGAUAGCCGUGGAUGGGAAUCGGCAAAAAGAGCGUCCCCGUCUGCUGCAUUCCGACUGCACCCGUACCCGAAGUCACCGAGUCGGUAAGCGGCGGCGUCCAACAUGGGGAAGGAGGUAAACGGCGUCUCGCGGAGCCGCUUUGAGAUGUUCACAAACAGCGACGAGGCUGUCAUCAAUAAGAAGCUACCUAAGGAGCUGUUGCUGCGAAUCUUCUCCUUCCUCGAUGUGGUGACGCUGUGUCGCUGUGCCCAGGUCUCGCGGUCCUGGAAUGUUCUGGCUCUGGACGGAAGCAACUGGCAGCGGAUCGACCUCUUUGACUUUCAACGGGACAUCGAGGGCCGAGUGGUGGAGAACAUCUCAAAGCGAUGCGGGGGGUUCCUGAGGAAGCUGAGCCUACGGGGGUGCCUCGGUGUGGGGGACAGCGCCCUGAAGACUUUCUCACAGAACUGCAGAAACAUCGAGCUGCUCAGUUUGAACGGCUGCACCAAGAUUACCGACAGCACGUGUAAUAGCCUGAGCAAGUUCUGCCCAAAGUUGAAGCACCUGGACCUAGCAUCUUGUACCUCAAUCACAAAUUUGUCACUCAAAGCCCUCAGUGAGGGCUGUCCACUUCUGGAGCAGCUUAAUAUCUCAUGGUGUGAUCAGAUCACCAAGGACGGCAUCCAGGCCCUGGUUCGAUCCUGUCCGGCACUCAAGGGCCUUUUCCUAAAAGGCUGCACACUGCUAGAAGAUGAAGCACUGAAGCAUAUUGGGGCCAACUGUCCCGAGUUGGUCACGCUUAACUUGCAGACAUGCUCGCAGAUCACAGACGACGGCCUCAUUACUAUUUGUCGAGGCUGCCAUCGUCUUCAGUCGCUAUGUGUGUCGGGUUGCGCCAACAUCACAGACGCCAUCUUGCACGCGCUCGGACAGAACUGCCCCCGCCUCAGAAUAUUAGAAGUGGCCCGCUGUUCUCAACUUACAGACGUGGGCUUCACAACGCUAGCAAGAAAUUGUCACGCUCUUGAAAAGAUGGAUUUAGAAGAAUGUGUGCAGAUUACAGAUGGAACAAUCAUACAGCUUUCCAUCUACUGCCCUCGGCUGCAAGUUCUGAGUCUUUCUCACUGCGAGCUCAUCACCGACGACGGCAUCCGCCACCUGGGCAGCGGACCGUGCGCCCACGACCGACUGGAGGUGAUCGAGCUGGAUAACUGCCCGCUUAUCACGGACGCCUCGCUGGAGCACUUGAAGAGCUGUCACAGUCUGGAUCGUAUCGAGCUCUACGACUGUCAGCAGAUCACCCGCGCCGGAAUCAAGAGGCUAAGAACCCACCUGCCUAACAUCAAAGUGCACGCCUACUUUGCCCCCGUGACUCCUCCGCCCUCAGUGGGGGGCAGCCGCCAGAGGUUUUGCCGCUGCUGCGUCGUGCUAUGAUGCAAAAAGACAUCGACGUCAGUCUUCCCUCUCCGCCCCGUGUUUCCUGGAGUCCCUCCCAUAGAAGCCCCCCACCACCAUCUGGCCAGGCAGUACAUUGAUGCUGCAUCCCCCUUUAGAAGCUGCAGAGAGACCAAACAGUGCAGGGUAACACACAAGCACACUCCACACAUUUCGUUUUGUUUCCCACUUCUGAGGGUUUCUCCCAUGUUCCAAAAACACACGAUAUUUUUAUUGAACACUCUAAAUUGUCCAUCGGUGUAAAUGUUUGCAUUCUACUACAGUCAGCUAGGAUCGUUCCAGAGGAUGAACACUCUACAAAAUGGACAUAACCUCAUUGACCUCAGAAUACCUCCGAUUUUGUUUUUCUGGUCACCAUCCAAUUGUAUAGUUACCAUCAGAAUGCACUUUGCUAAUUGGACCACUCAAUAUGGCCCCAGGAUGAGCUUUCAAAAUAUAACACACAUACAUACACAGUGUCUGCACAAGUUGGCUUUGCUUGAAUGUAUAUGACAAAGGGGGGAAAAAAAAAAAAGCAAAAAGCAAUGCAAUGAACAUUUUUAAAAACAAUCUUGCUAUGGAUGGGAUGGAAAAAAAACAGCUUCUCAUCACACAUCCUGCACUGUUGGAAAAAGUCCCGAGUCAGCGUCUGGCCCCCCCCUCCCACACCCUCUUAAAAAAAAGCGACACAGCCGGUGAACAGCAGCCAAAAAUGUAUUGAAAAAAAGAAGAAGAAAAAAAAAACCGCUAGCUGUCUGCUUUUUGCACCUAUCGAAAAAAAAAACAUCCAGACUGUUUACAAAGAAGGACAUUUCAAAACGUAUUCGGUUUGUACUAACAAUGUGCCCCACAAACCCUCUGAGGUCGCCCCCCCCCCCUCCAUCUCUCUUGUCUCUAUGUGCUUCAAAAGAAAAGACAAACUAUUUUUCUAAAAUGAAAAGCAGCACACAUUUGGGGACUGAAGAUGCCAAAUGUUGCAUGUGACACCUUUUUUCGUUCGUUAUUAUUUGUUUUAACCCAAAUGUACAGUACAUAAAGUGAGGAGCGAGGGUUGAUGGAUGAAAUAAUGGAAAGACUGUAAAAAGAGGAUGAUGACGGGUUUAAAGGAAAAAAAAAAAAAGACUCUGGAAGAUCAACGGGAAGAAAAAGCCAACCAUGUUGUUUUGCUUUGAUUUUCAUUGACUUGAACGAAAGGGUAGUAGGGUCAUGAAUCCAAUUGAUUGGUCCAGACCGGUUUUGGUUCUGAUGGACCCAUGAAGUAUUGAACCCCCCCACACUACCUUUUUUUUUUUUUUUUGCCCCUUCCAACAUGGAGCUGUCACCUCAUUUUAUAUUUCACUCCUUUCCUUUGCCUUGUUUCUUUCUUUUGACGUGGCUCCGAUUGCACCUGCUUUGUGUUGCGUUCGGUGUCUCCUCUGAGAUUUUGUGUUUUUAUAGUCGUCGUAAAUGUCUAGACCAGGUGCAAUUGUAAUUAGGAUAUUUUUUUUUUCUUCCUCUCCCCGAUAUUACUUCUUGAAUGUCCCUGAAUGAGACGGCUCGUCCGUUAUGACGUGCCACUUUGAAAAAAAAAAAAAGCUUCUUUAUUUCUAUGUCGCCCUCCGCUUAUUCGCAAAUUCCCCUAAACGCGACUGAAACGUGGAAUGUUAACGCAAAUGUCCCCAAGGCAAAACAAUCUUGAAGAUUCUAAUAAUUUUUGUCGGAUAAUGCAAGAUGGGAUGAGCGCUGUGUAAUCCCGCCUGAGCCAUUUUGUUCCAGCGAGGGUUUUACAACGAUGGAUUAGGGAUAAUGUCAAAAUGGUGCUUCUGGGAAAGGAAAGCGUGGACUGGAGGAACGCCUUAAAGAGCGCGUGGACCAAAGUGUCAAUGCAAACUCUGAAAAAUUUGAUAGCAGUCCCCUUGUGUCAACGCCGCUUGUCUAAAUGUCAACUCUGAAAUGCACGACCGAGAUUUCUGGCCCAUGUGUUGACGUUGAAUUUACCGUCUGCUGACCAUGCGUCAAAACCGCAAACUCCCGUUUCGCUUUGCAUUUCAAAACAAACACUGGAGUUAAAUUGCAGGAGGUGAACCCAAUCACACCUGGUUGCCCCCCCCCCCCCA